AUGGGCAGUUUUAUGGCCAACACGGAGAAGAAUCCUAAGGAGGAGUGCAAGGUAAUUUUUACUAAAAGCCAAAUGAGGAAGAAUGUUGAGAAAGAAAAGAGAGACAAGGGAGCAAUGAAGGAUGUGAGCACUGAGGAAGGAGAGAAUAAAAAGAUAGAAAAAGGUGAUAAAGAGAAAGAAAAGAACAAUAAGAGGGGUGAAAAGGUCUUACCCGCUAAGACCAAGAGUCAGUUGGCAAGGGAGACUAAGAGGGAGAUACCUAUAGCCCUAGUGAAGAACAUCCCUUAUCCUUUGGUGCCAUCAAAGAAGGAGAGGGAGUGCUACUUUGCCCGCUUCCUCGACAUAUUCAAGAAGUUGGAAAUCACCAUACUCUUCGGAGAGGCCUUGCAGCAAAUGCCUAUGUAUAAAAAAUUUCUGAUGGACCUGCUCACAAAGAAAGGUAAAUACAUCAACAAUGAGAGCGCCGUGGUGGAAGGUAACUGCGAUGUUGUGAUCCAAAGAAUUCUACCACAAAAGUUCAAAGACCCAGGGAGUAGGAUUGAGAAUUUGAAGAUUGCUCCCAACAGAAUGAUGCUUCAGCUAGCAGACCGUUCAAUCACCAGACCAUAUGGUGUAAUUGAAGACAUCAUUGUCAAGGUUCGCCAAUUCACUUUUCUGAUGGACUUUGUGAUAAUGAAUAUAGAAGAGAAUUAUGAUAUUCCUCUAAUAUUGGGCCAUCCAUUCAUGCUUACUACAAAAUGUGUUAUGGACAUGGGGAAUGGUAACUUGGAGAUGAGUGUGGAGGACCAGAAAGCCACCUUCAACUUGUUUGAGGCAAUAAAGCAUCCCAGUUAUAACAAGAACUACUUUAAGGUGGAGGCAAUUGAGCAAGAAGCUGACCUUGCUGGGCGGCACCUAAAGUCUGUGUUUCUAGAAGAAGAUGAAGUCAAGCCAGCUGUGAAUCCAGUAGCCCCUUCCAUUGUCCUCCCGGGGCCAAGGCGAGUUAAAGCUUGA